CUCUGUCAGUGGAGGAGAGGGUUUCGAAAUCCAGCUGUAGCUCAAAGUGAUCGCCUCCUUGGGCAUAUCCAUCUAAGAGGAUUGUGCCCUUUUCCCCCUCGAACCACUUUUUUCGUUGUUCUGAACCUGUAGGAUUUUUCUUAUCUGCCACUCAGGUUUGUGAUAUAGUGAGUGUUCUGCUGAAGAAUAACUGAAGUUUUUCUUUCAUGGCUGAAGCACCUGCCUGUGACUCAUUUGCGCUUUUUGUAUUGACGUGAUCUGUGUGCUCUAAAUCAUUUCUUUUUGGUGUACUGGAAUUGUUUCGUUUCGCUGCACAAGGAUUUCUUGCUGACAGCGUGGUUGGAAACCAGAAGUAAACUCUUUGGAGAAACCAUGAGUUGGACGCAUUAUAAAUGCUAAAAGUCUGUCUGCUUGGAGCGACGCCAUCUGAAGAAUCCAAUCAAGAGAUGACCACUGUGUCAAUGGAGCCUAUAGUGGCGAUGGUGGAGAAGGUUUCCAACGUCACUGAUCUUCCAGUAGAAGCUUCUACCGAAGACAUGGCUGCCACCUUCACCAUUGGCACCAUCUUGUCCCUAAUGUGUCUGGUGGGUGUGUCUGGAAAUAUCUACACGCUUGUGGUGAUGUGCCACUCCAUGCGCUCGGCUGCCUCUAUGUACAUCUACAUCAUCAACCUGGCACUAGCCGAUCUGCUCUACUUACUCACGAUUCCAUUUGUGGUGUGCACGCAUUUCUUGAAGGGAUGGUACUUUGGAGACGCCGGGUGUCGGAUCCUCAUCAGCAUGGACUUCCUUACAAUGCACGCCAGCAUUUUCACCCUGACUGUCAUGAGCACAGAACGCUACUUUGCCGUCCUCAAGCCUCUGGAUACAGUCAAACGCUCUAAGAGCUACCGAAAAGCAAUCGCCCUCUUGGUGUGGACGGCCUCGUUGAUUCUCACCUUACCCAUGAUCAUCAGCGUUCAGCUGAUGACGGAGAGCUCCAAGCCAAUGUGUCAACCCACCCUGAGCCCUCUCUCGUAUAAAAUCUACAUCACCUUUCUCUUUGGAACCAGCAUCGUGGCUCCAGGGGUGAUAAUCGGGUACCUCUACAUACGCCUGGCACGAACCUAUUGGAUUUCCCAAACUGAGACUUUCAAGCAGACCAAGAAGCUCCCAAACCAGAAAGUCCUGUAUCUGAUCUUCACUAUCGUGCUCUUGUUCUGGGCUUGCUUCCUGCCCUUCUGGAUCUGGCAGCUUCUAGGUCAGUUUCAGCCCGAGCUGGAUCUCUCCACCAAGGCCAAGCGCAACAUUAACUAUCUGACCACCUGUCUGACCUACAGCAACAGUUGCAUCAACCCGUUUCUCUACACCCUGCUCACCAAGAACUACAAGGAGUAUCUCCGCAAGAGACAGAGGACGUGGACGGCUGGCAGCUACCUCAACCGACGGAACCGCUUCCAGCGGUCACCCCGUCGCUCCUUGUCCUCCAGCAGUCAGCAGUGCACGGAAAGCUUUGUGCUCGCGCACACUUCUCGCACCAACAACAGCAGCCUCUGAGGGAUAGACGACUGUCUGGGGCAAGACAGGAGCAGAGCAAGCCAAGACGGCUGGUAUCUCCCUCCUCCAAACAGAAGAGGGAGAGGAAAGGAGGAGCAGAGCGGGCGAGAAAAGAAAAGCAAGUCACGGCAUGAAGACUAUCCCCAACUUAAGAGGUCAAUGUGGGUUUGGAGUUGCCGUCAUCUCACCUGUUGAUUCGUUUCGAUCUCAGAAGACUUUUAAGAGGGAAAAACCAAUUCCCAGUUCAUCAGUUUUCUCAAACUCUGGGCUAUUAUCACUGUGAACUGGGGAUAUAUAUAUUUUAUAUUUAUUUAUUUUUUGAUCACUCGUCAAACUUUGCCAUCAAAGCAGAGAGAUAACCAAGAGAAAAAUGUGACAACUUUCAUCUCCCCCCUCCCAAGUGGCUCAAUUUGAUGAGAGUCAUUUCCUUCAAAUAACUGCAAUAGUAGCUAUCAGAAUCUUUCCGAACAUGACUCCCGCAAAAGAUGACAUCAAAAAGGAGGCGUAUUUCCUAGUACGAUAUCUGUUUCUCUCGUAUUUAUGAAAGAGUCUUUCUCUAUUUGAUCUCAUGGGCUGCAUUUGACAUGAAGCUAUUCUACUUGAUUUGGCUUUGAUGAUUUGAUGAUCUUCAUUGUAGGGUACUAAGUGGCGAUGGAAAGCCUUCUAGAACACUGCGAGAAGGACUUCCGAGCACCCUUUUAUUUUUCAGAGCGCUGUAUUCCAUUCCCCGGGACUGUCAAAUGGAUUCUCUCUGAUCAGUGAGGAUUCUGUCUCUUCCAUUCUAUUUCCUUGAGGCCUGACAAGACUGGAGGUUUUACGUUGGCCUCAGACUGACCUGAGAGCUGUUUCUCCAAACAACAUUGCAGAGGAUGCUCGGAUUUGACUUUUAAUGAGUUGGACAUUUAUACUUUCCAUACUGACAAGUCAGUGCCUGUCCAUAUGGAAGGUCCUACAGAUAUAGGAUGUGCACAAUAUGAGCAUUGCAGAGUGAAACUGAACUGAACUUUGUGACUCCAAAGGAACAGAUUAUUUAUCUUAAUGCACAAUGGCGAAAUGGCGCUUAUUAUUGUUGGACUCCGUAUUUGUUUUACAAAAAAGAUAAACAGGAAAGUGCUGCCCAAAGUCUAUAUGUUGCUUUGGUUUGCUGAAUCUGAGGAAUGCCUAUUUUGUUUUUGUACAGAGAGCUUAAAAAUACUUGGUAACACAUUAUAAUAAGGGUCAGUGUCUUAACAAUAUUUAACAAAUUGCAUUAGGGAUGCAUUAGCUAUCAUAAACUAAUAAUAAAGCACUUAUUAAUGUAGGGUUAAUGCUAAAAAUAUUGAUAUGGCAUUACAUGUUACUACACCUAGAACAUUAAACUACAUUAAUAAAUGCUGUUAGCUCAUGAUAACGGUGCAUUGACUAAUGUCGACGGAUUAUUGUAAAGUGUUACCAUUUACUUUAUGUACAUGCUGUAUUUAUGUAAAAUUUCUAUGGGCAGAUUACUUCUUGUAAAUAUUUCAGCUGUGUUAUUUAAAUUGUUGCCUACUUUGUUUACACAAAAGCUAAUGGCAAUCAAAGAUCAAGAGAAGUAAAAUAUGUAUUAUAUGAAAUAUAAAAGAAUAUAUAAAGAAAAAUAUUUUUGCACCUAUUGCAACACACACACACACACAUGUGUGUGUGUGUGUAAAUCAGAGGGAGAUGCUUUCCACAGAGCGUGAAUUCAUGGCUCCAAGGUUGCAUUUCGUACCUCAAGGGAGAAUAAGUUGGUUCCAAAUGACUAAAACAGUACACUUUUUGGACUGCUGUUUAGCAAGUUAAUUUAUUUCUAAUAUAAACUUUAACGGACAUGCUUUUGGAAGAGGAUUUGGUGUGCAAAUACAAACAACCAGAGGCAAUUAAAAAUGCAAAGCAGGAAUGUUAUUUUUAAAGUUGUUUGGUUAAGGCCUACACAGAUAUUUCGAAAAUAUGGUUUCUCUUUGUGUCUUUGUUUUGCUAUUGUGAUGUGGUGAUGCUGUUUUUCCACAUUUGUCAUUAUUUAGUCUAUGUGCAAUUGCAGAAUUUCUCACUUUAGCUUAAAAUCUCAAUAAACAUGUUCAGUAAACAGUG